AUGGAAUGCGCCUCAGUCAGAAUCAUGAUCGGAACCAGCUCACCAAAGGGCGGCGAAUUUAGCCUGCCCCGCCAUCGCUGCCGCUCGGAAGCCAUCACCACAAGUUUGGAUGCAGAGAAGUACCCUGUUUCUGAGAUUGAUGAUUUCUCCGGAAGUACCGUCCCGGAUCUCGGGUGUGUGGAAAACGAAUUUGAUAUCCCUGCAAUGAGCAUGGUGUUCUCGGCAAAACUCCGCACCACCAGACCCGAUCCUCAUGAUAUCCAGAUCACUCACGAGAAGCCACUCUUUCGAGGAAAUGGCGACAAUUGA